AUCCUUUUAAAUAAAUAAGUUCCUAUUUACUGAAAUUGAAACUGAUAAACACACACUUCUACAAUAACAAAAGAAGCGGGCUGCCUUAAUAACAAAUGUCUGGCGGGCGGACACACAAAUUCUGUGAUUAAAGCAGCACCACCCGCACAGGAUGUAACAGUUUUGCAAAGUAAGCGCUCCUUAGCUGAUAGUUUGGAGAAGAGAUAAGCACUUGACUACAAAAAGUGUAUUUAAAUUAGUAAAUAAAUACAUUUAUUGAAACUGGUAACUGAUAAACACACACACUAUUACUCUAACAAAGAGGAGUGGGCUGCUUUAAAUUUUUAUAUUGACAUGCCUGGCGGGCGGAUAUAGGAAUCUAUGGUUAAAGCAGCACCACCCGUUCAGGACGUGCUGACUAUACAGAGUAAGCGCUCCUCAGCUGACGGUACGGGAGAUGAGUGAGAAGCACUUGACUGCAGGGGAGACUUGAGCUGCAGCAGGAGAGGAUUUAACUGAAAGGUAAGUGGGAUUCUGAUAAAAUAAUUAGGUAAGUGAUUACUUUAUAGUCAAAAAGUUACCCGGUGUUUUCACACAUGGUAUUAUGUGGCAUGCACACAGGAAGCUAGCUGCUAGCAAAGUUCGUUAGGCAGAACUAGCGGUCUCACGGUCGCAUUGUGUUCUCUUGUAACUUUUUGUCAAAGUUUUUAACUUUAAAAAACACCGAAAAUGUGACUUGAUUUUGUUUAAUUUUUAUCUGAAUCUUAUUCUUUUACAACACGGUCAUAUUUGGGGAAAUGUGCGUUAUGUUGGGUGGGUGGGGUAGGGUGGGGGGGAGUGAGAGCAAAGCCGCCAUCUUAGGCACGUGCGCUUUUAAUUGAAGUAAAUGACAGACCGUUCACAGUGAAGCAGCAGGAGCAAGUUCAUCAUUUUGUGUCAGACAACAUGGUCACUACUCACUGGUUUGUCACAUGGUUGUUAAAGUUUACAAUGAAUGUAAUUUUAGUAACAUUAAACAUUAUUGAGUAGUUAUAUGACACUGCAGACAUGCACUGGGCCUGGCAUGUUUGUCCAUAGAGAUAAAAAAAAAUCAAAAACUUAAAUUUUCCUUUAUAGGAUGUAUACGCUGAGAAGCAGAAAAGUCCAAAAACAGGAUGACUGGCCUAGGAGGAAAAAGGUUUGUCAAAGUCUUUGUUACUGACAAAAAUUGAAGUACAUUUUCAGAGCUUACUCAAGUUGUUCUGAUGUAAUGGGCUCCAGUUAGGUUGUGAUUUUAGCAACCUAACAAACACACUUGUCAUUCAUCCUAAUCUUAGAAGGGCAGACAAUCAGCUGUGGCUGAAACAUCUGAGGCUGAGAUCUCCAGGACCACAGAGGAGCCUCCUGAGGGAUCUACACUCAGAGAGAUAGAGGUAUUUAUUCUAGCUGAUCAUCUUGUCUGGUCUUGAGGUGUUAAAGCUGCAGUUGUAAAUACUCUGCUGAUUGGUCAGGUCCUUAUAAUGUAUCUGAUUUUUUUAUUUUGAUGGUCAGUUAAGCUGUGUGUCUGCUUUAAGGCUCCCUUGGGUUGAUUUUGAGUUGUGGGGUCCAGUCAGGUUGGUAUUUAAGAUGUCUGACAAACACACUUGUCAGGUUUACAGUGUUUGUGGGGUCCACGUAAAGUCAGAUACACUGUUGACAUUAAUGGGAGAUUAAAUAUCAAAUGAAAAAAAUACAUCCUUUGCAGUUGAUGUGUUCCUCACUGUGUAAUGAUCUAAGACCCUACCGGUCACUCCAGCUGUUUGACUAGGAGACUGAAGUCUCUGCCAGUCCUUUCUGGGCUCCAUGAUCCACAUUUUGGUUAAAAGAAGACACCAAGCGACAGUAAUAGUAGUUGGUACAGAUGAUUUUUUUUAGAUUAUGGGAUUUAGCAUGAGAGCUACAGCGAGUGGAUUCAUCAGGUUUAAGAAUCAUAAUGUAUUUAAAGUUGCCUGUAUCUUUAAUUGUGAAGAAAUCAGAACAAUAGUUUGUUUAUUUACUAUUCAUCUCAAACUUGUUGUUUAGGACAUGGAACCACCUACUGUGGCUGAAACAUCUGAGGCUGAGAUCUCCAGUACCGCAGAGGAGCCUCCUGAGGGAUCUACACUCACAGAGAUAGAGGUAUUUAUUCCAGCUGAUCAUUCUGUCUGCUCUUUAGUGUUAAAUCUGCAGUUGUAAAAACUCUGCUGAUUGGUCAGGUCCUUUAAAUGUAUCUGAUUUUUUUAUUUUGAUGGUCAGUUAAGCUGUGUGUCUGCUUUAAGGCUCCCUUGGGUUGAUUUUGAGUUGUGGGGUCCAGUCAGGUUGGUAUUUAAGAUGUCUGACAAACACACUUGUCAGGUUUACAGUGUUUGUGGGGUCCACGUAAAGUCAGAUACACUGUUGACAUUAAUGAGAGAUUAAAUAUCAUAUGAAAAAAAUACAUCCUUUGCAGUUGAUGUGUUCCUCACUGUGUAAUGAUCUAAGACCUUAGCUGCCACUCCAGCUGUUUGACUAGGAGACCUAAGUCUCUUCAAGUCCUUUCUAUUCUCUAUAAUCACUUUAUGUUUUUAAGAAGACAUCAGUUGACAAAAAAUAGCAGUAAGUACAAAUGGUUUUGUUUAGAUGAGGUGAUUUAGCAUGAGCUGCAGUGAGUGGAUUCAUCAGGUUAAUAGACUGUUAUGUAUAUUUGAGGUGCCAGUGGCUUUAAAUGUGCAGAAAUUAGAUCAGUAAAUAGUUGGUUAAUUUACUAUUCAUCUCAAACUUGUUGUUUAGGACAUGGAACCACCUAAUGUGGCUGAAACAUCUGAGGCUGAGAUCUCCAGUACCGCAGAGGAGCCUCCUGAGGGAUCUACACUCAGAGAGAUAGAGGUAAUUAUUCCAGCUGAUCAUCCUGUCUGCUCUUUAGUGUUAAAUCUGCAGUUGUAAAAACUCUGCUGAUUGGUCAGGUCCUUUAAAUGUAUCUGAUUUUUUUAUUUUGAUGGUCAGUUAAGCUGUGUGUCUGCUUUAAGGCUCCCUCGGGUUGAUUUUGUGUUAAGGGGUCCAGUCAGGUUGGUAUUUAAGACGUCUAACAAACACACUUGUCAGGUUUACAGUGUUUGUGGGGUCCACGUAAAGUCAGAUACACUGUUGACAUUAAUGGGAGAUUAAAUAUCACAUGAAAAAAAUACAUCCUUUGCAGUUGAUGUGUUCCUCACUGUGUAAUGAUCUAAGAACCUACCGGUCACUCCAGCUGUUUGACUGGGAGACUUGAGUCUUUGCCAGUCCUCUCUGUUCACCAUGGUCCAGUAAAUGUUUAAAAGAAGACACCAGGUGUACAAAAAUAGCAGUCAGUACAGAAAAUAUGUGUCCAGAUUAACUCAUUUAGCAUGCGAGCUACAGUGAGUGUAUUCGUCGGGUUUAUGAAGGUAAUGUAUAUUUAUGUGCCAGUGGCUUUAAAAGUGUAGAAUUUAGAUCAAUUAUGAGUUGGUUAAUUUACUAUUCAUCUCAAACUUUUUGUUUAGGACGUGGAACAACCUACUGUGGCUGAAACAUCUGAGGCUGAGAUCCCUAGGACCGCAGAGGAGCCUCCUGAGGGAUCCAAACUCACAGAGAUAGAGGUGUUAGUCCACCUGAUCAUUCUGUCUGAUUUUUAGGUUUUAAAGCUGCAGUUUUAAAAACUCUGCUGAUUGGUCAGGUCCUUAUAAUGUAUCUGAUUUUUUUAUUUUGAUGGUCAGUUAAGCUGUGUGUCUGCUUUAAGGCUCCCUUGGGUUGAUUUUGAGUUGUGGAGUCCAGUCAGGUUGGUAUUUAAGAUGUCUGACAAACACACUUGUCAGGUUUACAGUGUUUGUGGGGUCCACGUAAAGUCAGAUACAAUGUUGACAUUAAUGAGAGAUAAAAAAGGUUUUUUUUUCUUAUUGUGUGAAAUAAACAUUAUAUGCAGUUUAUCUGUUCACUAUGUGAUGAUCUUAGAACCCACCGGUCACUCCAGCUGUUUGACAAGGAGACUUAAGUCUCUUCCAGUCCUUUCUAUUCUCCAUCAUUCACUCUGUGGUUUAAAGAAGACAUCAGUUGACAAAAAAUAGCAGUAAGUACUAGUGGUGCAACGGAUCACAAAACUCACGGAUUGGAUCGUUCCUCGGAUCAAGAGUCAUGGAUCAGAUCAUUUUUUGGAUCAGCAAAAAGCAACAAAAAAAAAAAAAAAACAAGACAAACACAAGUUUUGUCUGUUUAUUAAACACUUAAAUGAUUAAAUUAAAUAUAUAAAAGUAGUGCACAAGGCAUAAUAUCUUCUUUCUAGCAUAAUUAUUAAUGAAAAACAACUUGAAGUGCAAUAUAUAGGCAUAUCUCCUUCCUUUAAAAUGUAACAAUGAACCAAAAAUGAAGUAUGUGAGCGACGGGAUGUCUUAACGUGGCUCAAGGACUUUUAGCAUGUUUUUAACAUGUUUUGCACAACUGAAUAUGGCCUCAUGUCUGUAGCUAUAAACACACCGAUAGCGUUUGUGAUAGCUUUAGCCCUGUCGGAUUGCACAAGGAAGAGGCUGCUUAAAUGCUGUGGUGAAGUUGUUGGCCAGCUUUCGUUUUAUCGCCAGUCAGUAAAACACCCGGGUGAUGUCGCUUCAAAUGCGUGAACAUGCUCGAUGUGUUCCCACUGUCAUUUCGCUUUCUUAUGCCACAGUGCCUACACACCGUCGCAGUUUUGUCCACUGACCUCUUUCCUUCUUCAUCAUAGUUGACAGGGAUGCCAAAAUGCUCCCAUACAAGGGAUGUAAGUGUCGCGGGGCGUUCAAGCUCCUCCUUUCCUCAACUCGCCAUGUCUGCCCUCCUCCUUUCUUCGCUUACAAUAAGCUGUGUGUGGACGGAGCACAACUUUUUUUUUUUCAGAAAUAAAUCCGCGGGUCACAUUUGUGCCAAACCAAUGACGUCAAUCCGAACGGAUCAUGGAUCAAUGAUGAUCUGUUGCACCACUAGUAAGUACAAAUGGAUUUGUUUAGAUGAGGUGAUUUAGCAUGAGCUGCAGUGAGUGGAUUCAUCAGGUUAAUAGACUGUUAUGUAUAUUUGAUGUGCUAGAAGCCUUUAAUGUACAGAAAUUUGAUCAAUAAUAAGUUAGUUUAUUUACUAUUCAUCUCAAACUUGUUGUUUAGGACAUGGAACCACCUACUGUGGCUGAAACAUCUGAGGCUGAGAUCUCCAGUACCGCAGAGGAGCCUCCUGAGGGAUCUACACUCACAGAGAUAAAGGUAUUUAUUCCAGCUGACCAUCCUGUCUGGUCUUGUGGUGUUAAAGCUGCAGUUUUCCUCACCAAUGCAUACAUUUCAGUAAAAAGGGCUACCAUCUGGUCUUAAUUAGCUUUGAGUAUAGGCCUUUUUUUCGUACCUUGAUGAGAUGCUUCAUUAUUUCAUUUUGUCUUUAUUUUCUCUAGGACUCAGAUGCAGCUUGUCCUCUUCCCUCAGUGAAAAAAUAUGGGCUGAAUCUUCCUCUAGUAAACUACACAGAUUCUGAUGAACCCCAGAGUCCAUCCUCAAAUCCUGAAUCUGAACAUUGCCUCUCAGAGCAGGACCAUAUUUCUGUCCCCAGGCUCAGGAGGACCAAAAGUAUACUGGUAAACAACACACACACACAGUGCAGUGAAUGUAUUAAAAGUCAAUUGCAGACAUUUCAUUGGUCUUGUGCCUACUGUCUAUCAUAUUUUUAUUGCUUUCUUUAGAUGAAAAACCAGAUUCACUUUGAUUCAGAAGAGCUUUAUGACACCACCUCAGCUGACAGUGAAGAGGAAUACAUUCCUAAGACAAGUGAGGACUCUGAUGAUUCCGGCAGAAGUGAAGUCCUGGAAGUUGAGGACCCUCUCUUCAAGAUAAAAGAUGUCAUCAAAGAUUUUCCUCCCUUAACCCAAAGAUCUGAAGCCUCUUCACAGCAGGUUGUUACAAGAGGGCGUUCACCUGUUAGGAGAAGUAGCUCUGGUCUGAUGCAUAAAAGGCAAUGCUACAGAAGUGUGGUUCAUCAUUCAACACUAGUCAGCCAUGCUGACUCAUCUAACCAGAGUUUUGUAGCAGACGCUGAUGCCCUCUCCCAAAACUCAGUGGUGAAUUUAGACCAGGACCAGGACGAAUGUCUUCCUGACAGUUCCUCUUCCAUUCUUACAAAUGAUAAUGAGUCUGGUGGUCCACUUUCCAUACCCGCUGUCUGCAAAAAAGAGAAUGGGUCAAGACUUUAUAACAAGAAGCAGUACUGUUUGUACUGCAAAUUGGGUGUUAUAAAAAUUGCAAGACAUUUAGAGCGAGCACAUAUAGAUAAGUCAGAGGUUGCACAGGCUUUUGCCUUCAAAAAAGGCUCCAAAGAAAGACGAAUGCAUCUGGAACUUUUGAGAAACAGGGGCAACUUUUCACACAAUGUAGAGGUACUACACUCUGGGGUCGGUAACCUUGUUCCCCGCAAGCAGCCGAGGCAGGAUUCCAGUGCACAGGAUUUCCUACACUGUGCAUAUUGUCAAGGCUUUUUUGCCAGAAAGCUGCUUUGGCGGCACAUGCAAAUUUGCAAGCUUAGGCCUUCUGUACCACACAAACCAGGUAAAACCCGUGUCCAGGCCCUUUGUGCAUUUACUACACCUCCUCCACCUGGCGUCAAACAGGACUUGUGGAAACUCUUAAACAACAUGCUCCAAGAUGAGGUUUUUUCAGCAGUUAAAUCUGAUGCCUGUAUUCUGGAGUACGGGGACCAUCUAUACAACAGACUGGGACAUGAUCCUGGAAAACAUGAAUAUAUCCGCCAGAAGUUAAGAGAGCUUGGAAGACUUCUGCUGUGCUCCAGAAAAAACACUUCCAUGAAGACCAUUCGAGACCACAUCAGACCAUCCAACUUCAUGCAAGUUAUUCAGGCUGUAAAAGAGGUGGCAGGUUUUGAUAGUGCAACCAACACUUACAAGUGUCCAAGUCUGGCCCUCAAAAUUGGACAUAGCCUGACAAAGGUAUCAAUGCUUGUAGAAAGUCGUGCAAAUGUACAAAACAAUUACAGUGCUGCUAAAGAUGCACGUACAUUUCGCAGAGUGUACGAAACUCGCUGGAAUGAAAUGGUUUCGGCUGCAUCACUGAGGACACUGCAGGAGGCCAGGUGGAACACCCCUCUGCUGCUUCCUUUCACAAAGGAUGUCCAAACUCUCCACUCCUAUUUGGAUGAGAAACAGCAACAUUACAGCUCAAAACUAUCCACUGAGACAUCCCCGCAAACAUGGUCACAGCUGACCAAGGUCACGUUGACUCAAGUCAUCCUUUUUAAUCGUCGAAGAGCUGGGGAGGUGUCAAAAAUGCCCAUGACAGCAUAUUUGUCUAACAGUACAUCAGAUCCUCAAGAUGAUGUGAUUGAUGCCCUGUCACCUGUUGAGAAGAAACUCUGCCAACACUUCAGACGGAUCGAGAUCAGGGGAAAAAGAGGAAGAAAGGUUCCCGUUCUUCUGACCCCGGCAAUGCAGCAUGCAUUGGAUUUACUUACCAGCAAACGGCAGGAAUGUGGGGUUCCUAAAGAGAACAGGUAUCUUUUUGCUAGACCAUCUGCCUUUACAUGCCUCCGUGGUUCUGACUGCCUUCGACAUUUUGCAAAGAUCUGUGGUGCAAAAAGUCCCGAAAGUCUCACCUCCACAAAGCUUCGCAAACAAACAGGAACUCUUUCACAAGUUCUCAACCUCAGCAACACAGAGUUGGACCAGUUGGCUGAUUUUCUCGGCCAUGACAUACGAGUACAUAGGCAGUUCUAUAGGCUUCCUGAGGGCACCCUCCAGCUUGCUAAAAUAAGCAAAGUUCUAUUGGCUCUGGAGAAAGGACGCCUGGGAGAAUUCAAGGGAAAGACCUUGGAUGACAUCAACAUUGACCCGGAGGGUACUAUUUAUCUAUCUCUCUUGUCUCCUUUUGAAGGAAAUGCACUUUUUGUAAUUAUGUUUUCUGGGAAUUUUUCACCAUGUCAGAAACAAAUGAUCUUGAAUAACACUCAUUCCCCCUCACCCCUAUACAGAGAAUGUGCACCCUGACAGCGAUCCUGACGAGGCAUGCGAGUCGGGCUCUGAAGGUUGGUAUUUACAUACAAUUUUAUAUGUGACCACUGCUGCAUAUUUGUAGACAUCCAUGUGCAAUAUCAGUUUACAGAAUCCAUUUGGAGCCUGCUUUUGUCUGUCAACAACUGGUCAUAAAAUGUUUUUGUUAACUUUAAAGCUCAUCGGUCUUGAUGUUCAUUUGCAACAUCAGAGAGGUGACUAUGUAAUGUCUGUAACGGCUUCAUUUUAAUCCCUGCACCAAGUUUAGUUUGAGCUUUUAGAUUGCUGUUAUAAGCACUUGCAUGUCAAGCACAAGCAUGGUGUUAGAGGUGUUGGGGGGCAAUAGGGUAGGUUGAUUUACCUCUUUUAGGUUAGGAUAUAACCAGGGUGGUGUAUCCACAGAUAUCAUAAUCACAAGAUGCCACACAACCCCAGGAUGCUCCAAGACCACCGCCAUCUUGGAGCAGUACUUGUUAAUGGUUUUCAGUCAAUUGUAGUUUUUGAGGCCUGUGAUUCACCUUACAACAGCAUUUGUUCACGUUCAAAAAAAGAGGGAUCAAGUUAGGUUUGGUGAUUUACUUAAUUGCAAUAUCACCUCAAAAUGUGCUUAAUGGCACAGAAAAACAAUACUAAGUAUUUAUCAACUCCAUCAACUGUAUUUAUGUCACAGGCUUGAAACUACAACACUACUCAGCACUAUAUCGCUGUGUCAAAGAGCUCGUUAAGAGUUAUUGAGUUAAUAUUUUUUUCAGUUUAUGUGAAUUGAAAUAGUUUAUGAUCUAAUUUCAGAUAAGAGUUACAGAGAAUCAUUUUGCACAUGUAUUUUACAAGUAUUUAGAUUUAUAGUUUAACCCUUCUUAUCAGCAUGGAGGAUCAAUACUGCAGUCAGUCAGCAGAGAUCUUGAAAUGUUUGUGAGUUGGGGAGAGCACUGUUAUGCUACAGUCUGUAGUCAUUAGACUUCCAAUAUGUCUGUGGGGUUUGUUAACCUGUACCUCAUAGUGAAGAGCUUCAAAUUAUGACCAACAUGUAUAAAGUCAACCUUUAUGCUAACAUUUUAAAGUUAAUGGAUGAAAGUAAUUAUAACUCAGUUUUACACUUGACUUCAUAACAUCAAGUGACAAGAAGUGCCUUACUUCCUGUGAAUUCAGUUUAGAGGUCCUUCAAAAGAAAAGCAUUUCCUGUUAACCAGAUAAUCCCAAAUCUUUCAAUUUAGCAGGUAAGUUGACAAAUACCCCCCUAAAUAAUGUAAAUAAUGUAUUUUAACAUGUCAUUAGGAACUUACUAAACUAAAUUUUACUAGAAAAAAUAUUUAAGGAAACAAUUUUCAUCAUCCUGUAUACAAAUUUUUAAUGUAUCAACAUAUAUACUUAUCCUUUUUAACAUGAGAAACUUGAUCAACUUUAGGAGAUUCUUGGUUACAAAUAUUAGAUCAAAAAACUUUAACAUAAAGGGGUUGAAUGGCUUGUGUCACGUGUGCUUCACAAUCAGUUAGAGCAUGACCACAGUCACAAUAUCCAACUGGUUUUUCACCUAUUGCACAAACGAGCUAGUGAGCUGUGGUGGAUACAGUCUAUAUUCUUCUGCUCUGUUGUAGGGAGUAAGUUAACAUCUAGUCAGAGGGAAGAGGAUGCACCAUCUGAUGUGAACCAUGAUGAUGCAUCACCACAGCAGAGCACCACCGCACCUCAAAACACCAAACAACAGGGGUCACCAAAAACGGAAAGAGGCAAGUUCUCUGAGACCGGUCUGAAAUCAGAUUAGUUUAUGGUGUGGUUGUAAAUGUGUUUUCUUGGCAUGUGCUGAAAUGUGGAUUGCAGACACACAUUUGUGAUUAAGAUUUUUUUUUGGGAGGGGGAAGUUUCUGAGUUCUCAUUCACCUAUGUUACUUAAAUUGCUUCUAAAUCACUCCAUGGUUAAAAAACAGAAUUGAUUAUGUUUUUGUUUAUUUACAGCUCGGCAGCCUGUUAAAAAGAGGCCUUGGGAAAGAGAGGAGAUCCUGGCCGUUGAGAAACACAUGAUGUCCUUCAUCACCACAUGCCGUGUUCCAGGGAAACGCGACUGCGAUAAGUGCAUUGAACAAGAGAAAGAAGCGCUCAAAAACAGGAAUUGGUUGGCUAUUAAAUUCUAUAUCAAAAACCGAAUCACAGCUCUGAAGAGGAAAGUUUAGAGGGAUCAGGUGUUGUCUGUUGACAGCUGUAGGAGGGUUGCAUCACUUUUACUGUCCUCAAGGUAAAGCAUGUUCUCUGGUUUAUACCAUUAACUUGUUAGUGUUUCCUUAGUGGUCGUAUCAUAUCCAUCAUUUCUCAAUUCAGCAAUCUACCUCCUUAUUUUAAUUUAUAUUUGGAUGCUUAGAGUUACUGUAGGUUGGGCUUCAGAGCUGUGUCAUACAGUAACAGAUUUGUCUACCUGUAAAGGGAGUUUAAUGAAGAGUUUUGACUCUAUUUAUUUUUGUUAUAAGCUGCCAAUAACUGCACAGACACACUGUACCAGUUUUAAAAGAGGAGGGUGUUUUCUUUUGUUUUUGAAAGAAUGUUAGUUUGUGGUUCCUUAGUUGAACAAAUUUUGUUUAUCCAGCA